AUGUUCAGUGCUCCAUUUUGCAAUGAGUGUUAAGAUUUAGAUGAUGAAUUUAGCAAAGCAGCAAAGUUUAUGUCUUAAUAGAAACCAUCAGUUUAUUUCGCUAAAAUUGAUGGCCAACAUAGAAAUUUUGAAAUUUAUACAGGUUAAACUAAUACAGCCCAAGACUAUCAAAAUUGGAUUAAUAAAAAAAUCUUCAAUGGAGUUAAAGUAAUCUAUAAUGAGAGAGAAUACAAUCGUUUGAUUAAAAACAAUGAAAUCUUGGUCAUUUAUUUAGGUUAUACUAAUUCAACCCAAUUUAAAAAAGCUUUUGAGAUUGUAGCUAGACGUUAUGAUAAUGCAUUCUUUACAAGAAUAGAUACAGGAUCAGAAAUUGAAAAAUAAUUCUCAAUAGAAUCUUAUCCAGCAUUGUUACUUUAGACUAAAUAAUAGAAUUUUACUUAUAAUGGUUAUUGGGAUACAAAUUCGAUCCAAAGAUGGAUCUCCCUUUAAAGUAUACCCAAUCCAGUUUAUUAUGAUACAUAAUACUUCAACUAGUUAUUUAAAGAAGAAAACGAAGCUAUAUUUUUAUUCAUAAACUAUAAAAUGGAAGAGCAAAUUGAUUUAGAGUAUGAAUUUCAGAAAAUAGCUAUUGACUUAAAAAGUGAUUUGCCAUAGGCUAAGCAUAUUAUACUUGCGAUAACUGAUGUUAAAAAUAUUGAGCAAAAAAGAGUUGCAGAUACUUUGGGUAUAAUAAAAAGCGAUUUUCCUGUGUUGGCUUAUAUACAUCCAACCGCUCAAGGAAUUGAAACUCAUAUAAUUUCAGAUUAAGAUAUGAUUUAUUAGCAUCUUAGCUAUGAUUAUCUCAAAGAAUUUAUUGAAGCGGGUCUUAGAAGGAUAUGUAUUUACAUUUUGAGAAAAUUGGAAGUUAGUUCGAUAAUUAAUUUGAGAAGAUACUCUUCUCAUCAGUUGAUUUGGAUUUUGUUGAUGUAUAAUUUAGUAUCCCUAAUACUCCUACAAUAUGGUUGA